GUCAUCAACACUCAGUACCUCCUAUAUGUGUUCUGGGCACGUGCUCUAUUAAGGGGGAAUAGAUUUCCUGAAGGUAAAGCUCAUGUUCCCUGUUUGUUACUUAUACCACAGCUAAAGAGUGCCCCUUUGUGGUGACUGGUGAAAGUGAUGAUAGCCCUGGCCUGGGGGGAUGGAAGAACAGUUUCAAGACAGCACUCUGUGAUAAAUGCAGAAUAAAAAAAUAAAAGUAGAUGUAUUCAGUGAAUGAUUGAAAGGUGUAGCCAGGUCAGUUUGGUUGUAGUCUUUUUAACUAAGAAAGAUCACAACCAGACAAAACGAGUUAGCUGAGUGGUAUAGGCCUAACUGUACAUUCACUGGGUAAUUACUUUAGGCACUUUCUAUAUUAAAUUUCGCUCUUUGGGAAAUUGCCUUUCAUCUCUGUGUAUCCUGAAGGGGUACCUGAGAGAGCUUGUUGCCUACAAAAAAAAUCAAAAUGAAAACCACACAUUCAGUACUCUAUGAUUUGCCCAAUAAGUGUGCAAGUUGCAACUCUCAGUUUGAGACUAUGAACAGCAGCUUGUGAUCAAGGCCAAAUACACAUUAUAACGCCUUCUGAAGAAAAUAAAUGUCUGUUAUAAUAGCUGUAUUACUGCUAUGUGUUGAACUCAGAUUCCUGCUGUGUGUGCCGGACCUAGAUAUCAUGUGUUUGUGACUGUUUCUGCAGAUAAACAGAAAGGAAGCAUCUCUCUCCCUGAUGUGUUCUUUUAAGGCUAGUGUCAAUCACCACUGCACUGGACUUUAGAGUGAUAAUAGUCAGUAAAAAGUGCUAGUCAUGGCCUUAAAUUGAUUAUAAUGAAGAGUGUAUCCUUACUGUCUCCAUUAUGUCUUAAUGGGUGUGACUGAGGGAAAUAUUAUUUCAGUGUUACAGCAAUGUCUACCUCAGAAAGUACUCCCACAAUGAGUGACCUUCAUGAGGAGGGGAAGAAUGCCAUCAACACUCCCAUGCUGCCCUCUGGGACUGAAAUCCACCCUGAGGACACCAUGCUGGAAGAGAAUGCUGAGAGGAACAUGCUGGAUCCGACCUCAAGGGAGAAUCCAAAAUUCAAAGAUCUUCAGAGGGUAUUGAUAGACUGGAUCAACAAUGAGCUGGAAGAGGACAGGAUCAUCGUCAAAGGCUUGGAGGAGGAUUGCUAUGAUGGACAGGUGCUUCAGAAAUUAUUUGAGAAGCUGUCUGGGCGUAAGCUGAACGUGGCUGAGGUGACCCAGUCAGAGAUAGGACAGAAACAGAAGCUCCAGACGGUACUGGAGGCCGUCAACGAGCUGCUCCGGCCUCACGGCUGGUCCAUCGAGUGGAGCGUCGACUCUAUCCAUGCUAAGAACCUGGUGGCCAUAGUGUACCUGCUGGUGGCUCUGGCCAUGCACUACCUGGCCCCCAUCAGACUGCCAGAGCACGUCUCGGUACAGGUGGUGGUGGUCAAGAAAAGAGAAGGCAUACUGCAGACGUCUCAUGUGACUAAGGAGCUGACGAGCACUACAGAGAUGAUGAUGGGUAGAUUUGAAAGGGAUGCAUUUGACACCCUCCUGGAUCAUGCACCGGACAAGCUCAAUGUUGUGAAGAAGUCCCUCAUCACCUUUGUGAACAAACACCUGAACAAGCUGAACCUGGAGGUCACAGAGUUGGAGUCACAGUUUGCUGAUGGUGUGUACCUGGUGCUGCUGAUGGGACUGCUGGAGAACUACUUUGUCCCCCUCUACAACUUCUUCCUCACACCAGAGAACUUUGAGCAGAAGGUUCACAACGUGGCAUUUGCCUUUGAACUGAUGCAGGACGGAGGCCUGAAGAAACCCAAAGCCAGGCCAGAAGACGUUGUGAACUUGAACCUGAAGUCUACCUUGAGGGUGUUGUACAACCUGUUCACCAACUAUAAGAACUCUGAGUGAUGUCUACCUGCCACGCACAGUCACAGCCACAGUACAGUGUGAGGAGAAUGAAGGCACUGUGUUUGUGCUACCUUCACACUGGCUGAUGUCUGAACCCCUGAGGAAUCCACUGGGACUAAACCAAAGGCCCACCCUUGUAUCAGUGGGAUGGCCUGAAGAGACUCGGAAUGUUUGUAUUUAAUCUCCCCAAUGACAGUAUUUAAAUCCUCCUUUAUGCUAACCCUACCCAAGCACACGUAUGUUUCAUGUUUUAGUACAUGUUUUAGGUUCAUGCAACUGGAAAACAUGGGUUUGUAUUUUAUGCAAAAAAAGCCACUACUGCUUUAUAAGAUAAUAUUUAUGAUCCACUGUUGCAAUUGCUAAGACUUGCUGUAUAUCAUAUCUCAGAAAGCUUUGUACAUUAUUCCCAUAUCAUUAUUAUGGUAUUAUUACUACAUCUAUUGUUCUAUUGUAUGUUGCCAUUCCAAAGUAUGAUAUGAAUGAAUUCUAACAGUACUUUUAGAUUUCUCCGAUUGUUUAUAUGGACAGGUUCAAGCCAUAUUUCUUACCCGAUGCUGACCCUGUUGCCUUUCGCCUUAAGUGCCAUGUUAUUCUCUUCCUACUGUACCCGAGAGAGCCACAAAGCAUUGUGGUAUUAACCUGCCCUUCAGACGAUUCCCAGUAGACCGUCCGGAGAACAGCUAGCGAGGCUCUCCACCGCGAUGUAGCAGAGAGUGAGAGACCAGAGAGCUGCUUGUGGCCUACAGGAGUCCACUCAUGCAUUUUAGACUGAGGGUAAAUUAUUAAGAGGGAUGAGUCAAGUCUGAUCGCCAGGAGAACAACUUGUCUCACUGCUUGUAUGUAUCUGCCUUGAUGUCUGUCUAUCCCAAAAUAAAUGU